AUGGCUCCACCUCGAAACCGCGGCCGUCCACAGCCUUCUCCUUGGGAUUCACCGUCCAAAGUACCAGCAUGGGGAGCUACAGGACGUCAGAUUUGGGGUCAACCUCAAUCUUCAUGGCAAGUAAGUUGUUUUUGGAUUUUUAGGCAUGAAGCCUUUAUAAAGGGACGGUGAAACAUCUUAUAAACGUAUUAAAGGCUUUAAAUUAAAUAAAUUUAGGAACAAUAGUUUUAUAUGGCUGAAAUUCAAUUUUUUUAGGUAGUUUAAUAUCUAGAAUAUCGAACUUUAGCGUUCUUGAACUUUAAAUUUAAUAAGUUUUUAAAACCUCUAUUUUAGCAAGACCGCCUGGUCUUUGGAGACCCAUACGCUCAUCAAAGCCCAUCAAGCUAUCAACAACCUUAUGCUCGACCAAGUUCUUAUGAUCACUUCUCUCCACCAUCUUAUGGAUAUCAACCUCGAGAUUAUGCUGCUGGUUAUUCAACAGUUCCUUCUUAUAACGCUCGGCUAGCUUCGAUUCCAAUGAGACAACCUAUCAAGCCGAUGUUUAAGAAGCCACAACAAGGAAAUCAACAACAGAACAACAGAAACAAUAUUAAGAAGAAUAGGAAGAAGAAUAAUAAAGGCGUUCAGAGAGUUGGAGAUAAGGUUGUGUUGAAGGAUGGAGUAAGUUUAAGGUUUCUGUGGGUGUAUGUUUAAUUUACGCCUCUGAUUUUUAUGAUUCAGGUGGUGUUUAAUUAUAAAAACGUUAUAUUUUAUAUUGUAGUAGGUUGUAAAUGGUAAGAACAUUAAUUUUUUUAUAUUGUAGUAAGUUCUCAAAGAAAAAAUACUAAUUCUAACAUAUUAUACUAGGUUUUCAAUGGUACUGUAAGAAAAACAAGUAUUUUAAUACAAAAAAUCUAUAUUAUAUUGUUUUAGACACCAGCUGGAGGCAGAAAAAAGGAAACCGCUCGUAAACCAAAGCAAAAAAAGCCGGCUGGCGUUGAUGAUAUAGAGUUUAAGGAUGAAGAUUCUGUGGAGACGCUUCUGGAGAACGCAAAAACACUCAGUGAAUCAAGCAAACGGCACGUUCGAAAUAAGUUUGUCAAGAUCUUCAACUUUAAUGGUAUUUGGACUAAGACCAUUAUUGAACGUAUGUUUUUUGAUAGUUUUGUUGGAUUUUAGGUAAUAUUGGGUUGGGCAAUCGUUGGAGUUGGCGGAUUUUCGAUUUUAAAUAUUGGACUUCUUGUUUAUGACUUAUCAAAGAAAUUUUUUUGAUUUACCACAUUAUUCUCUAUAGUAAAUCAACUUUCUAACAAGAGGCAGACCUAAAAAUCAUAAUUUUUUUGACUUCAGAAGCCGGAACCUUCAACAAGGCAGCUAAAUGCAUGGUAAAGUUCAUCUUUACCUCCUUUUUCCCUUCCUUCUUCCAAUUCAGUUCAAACGGCAGUGAUAUGGACAACGUAGCGUUCGAUGCAGCAGUAUUGGCCUUGAAAAAGCUCCACGAUCUUGGAAUCUUGGAAAGAGCAUCUGUUUGUAAAAUUUUAUCCAAGAAACACAGUAUUAAGAAUGAAGGCUUCACCAGAGCCAAGCUAUCUAUCACCGUCUUGAAAGAAGAGUUGGAAAAGGAGGAGUUUGACGAUGAAUUCAAACUAAAUGGACGUGAACCAACUCCAGAAGAAUCAGAGAAGCUACAAGCUGCGAUUCAAAGAGCGGCCGAAAGAAUUGCCAAGGAUGAUUUGCCUAAAAUUGAAGUAAAAGAAGAGGAGGAAGGAAAGGAAGGGGAAGAAAAGAAGAGUGAAGAAGAGAAAGAAGGAGGAAAAGAAGGUGAAGAAGUGAAGGCUGAGGAAAACGAGGGAGAAGAGGUGAAAGAGGAAGAUGAAUCAAAGUUAGAGAUAAAAGAGGAAGAUGAGACAGUUGAUGAAAGCCAAAAGGAAGAAUAUGAACUGACUGAUGAGGCAUAA